GGCUCUUGCUUGGGGUUCUCAGGAGGGGAGAGUUGGGAGAGGCAUUGCUGCUGAGGAAAUUUAUGUGAUAGAUUGAAGGUUUGAACGAGAGCUACAGAAACGACAGAGAAAAGUCCACACGAGCCAAUGGUGUUCGGGAGGAAAAUAAACCCAUUGCCUUGAGUGUGUAGGUGCCACUGCUACUCUGAGAAGAUGGCAGAUGACGAAGAAUAUGAGGAGGUGGUGGAGUACUACACCGAGGAGACAGUCUACGAAGGGGUGCCGGGUGAGACAAUAACAGAAAUCUACGAAACUACGACAACAAAGACAAUAUCUGACUAUGAGCAAUCACAACCUUCGAAACCAGGGCUGGCCCAGCCAGAAGCAGCAAAGCCGGCGGAGAGGAAGAAGGUUAUCAGGAAGAAAGUGGACUCUUCGAAGUUCAUGACUCCCUACAUUGCACACAGUCGGAAAAUGCAGGACCUCUUUAGCAUAAAUAAAUACAAGGAAAACUAUGAAAAAGGAAAAGGACAGCCAUCCACCAGCACAACCGAUACCCCAGAACUUCGCAGAAUCAAGAAAGUACAAGACCAACUCAGUGAGGUUAAGUAUCGAAUGGAUGGUGAUGUUGCAAAAACUAUCUGUCAUGUAGAUGAAAAAGCAAAGGACAUUGAACAUGCAAAGAAAGUGUCGCAGCAAGUCAGUAAGGUUUUAUACAAGCAGAACUGGGAAGACAACAAGGAUAAGUACCUGCUUCCCCCUGAUGCCCCUGAGCUUGUCCAUGCCAUUAAGAACACAGCCUUGUUCAGUAAGAAACUAUACACCGAAGAGUGGGAUGCAGACAAGAGUUUAUUUUACCCCUAUCAUGACAGCCCGGAGCUGAGGAGGGUUGCCCAAGCCCAGAAAGCUCUCAGUGACAUUGCCUACAAAAAAGGUCACAUGGAACAGCAAACACAUUUCACAUCUCUGGCGGAUCCUCCAGAUAUAAUAUUUGCCAAGAAAGUGAACGAUCAAGCGAGCAAGCUAAAAUACAAGCAAGACUAUGAAAAUAAAGUCAAAGGCAAAUGGAGUGAGACGCCUUGCUUUGAAAUUGCAGCCGCCAGGACAAAUGCUGAUAACUUCAGCACAAGGAAAUAUCAUGAAAAGUUUGAGAACAUGAAAGACCAGAUCUACUACAUGCAGACGGAAACACCAGAGUACAAAGUGAAUAAACAAGCCGGGGUGGCAGCUAGCAAGGUAAAAUACAAAGAAAACUAUGAAAAGGAUAAAGGGAAAGCAGAUUAUAAUGUACUUCCUGCUUCAGAGAACCCACUGCUGAGGCAGAUGAUGGCAGCAGGAAAUACGCUAAGUGAUAAACGGUAUAAGGAGAACUAUGAAAAGACAAAGGCAAAGAGCAUAAAUUACUGCGAGACCCCCAAAUUUCAGCUGGAUGCAGUUCUGCAGAAAUUCAGCAGUGAUACUAAAUAUAAAGAUUCCUACCUAAAGAAUAUUUUGGGGCAUUAUGUAGGCAGCUAUGAAGACCCAUAUUACGCACACUGCAUGAAAGUCACGGCUCAAAACAGUGACAAAAACUACAGAGCAGAAUAUGAAGAGGACAGAGGCAAAGGCUUCUUCCCGCAGACCAUAACUCAGGAAUAUGAAACUAUGAAGAAACUGGAUCAGUGUAAGGAUCACACCUACAAAGUCCAUCCAGAUAAGACAAAAUUCACUCAAGUCACCGACUCGCCUGUUCAGCUGCAAGCCCAGAUCAACGCCAAACAGCUGAGUGAUCUAAAUUACAAAGCAAAACAUGAAAGUGAAAAGUUCAAGUGCCAUAUACCUCCAGAUACUCCCGCCUUUAUCCAGCACAGAGUCAACGCUUAUAACCUGAGUGAUAAAGACUAUGAGAAAAACAGGGGCAAAAUGAUCGGAGCCCUCAGCGUUAAUGACGACCCCAAGAUGCUGCACUCUCUGAAGACGGCCAAAAUGCAGAGUGAUAGAUUGUACAAGGAAAACUAUGAGAAGACAAAGGCAAAGAGCAUGAAUUACUGCGAGACCCCUAAGUACCAACUUGAUACUCUGCUGAAGACCUUCAGCGAGGCUAAGUAUAAAGAUAAGUAUGUGCAGAAUAUUCUGGGACAUUACAUAGGCAGUUUUGAAGACCCAUAUCAAUCACACUGCAUGAAAGUUUCAGCACAAAACAGUGAGAAAAAUUACAAAGCAGAAUAUGAAGAAGAUAAAGGGAAAUGCUAUUUCCCUCAGACAAUCACACAAGAAUAUGAAGCAAUCAAGAAGCUAGACCAGUGUAAAGACCAUGCCUACAAACUUCAUCCAGAUAAGACCAAGUUCACAGCUGUCACUGAUACUCCUGUACUGCUGCAAGCCCAGCUCAACACGAAGCAGCUUAGCGAUCUGAAUUACAAAGCAAAACAUGAAGGCGAGAAGUUCAAGUGCAACGUGCCAGCAGACGCUCCACAGUUCAUCCAGCACAGAGUCAACGCCUAUAACCUGAGUGAUAAUGUCUAUAAGCACGACUGGGAAAAGACCAAAGCUAAGAAAUUCGACAUUAAAGUGGAUGCCAUUCCCCUGCUGGCAGCCAAAGCCAACAGCAAGAACGCUAGCGAGGUGAUGUACAAGAAAGACUAUGAGAAAAACAGGGGCAAAAUGAUCGGAGCCCUCAGCGUUAAUGACGACCCCAAGAUGCUGCACUCUCUGAAGACGGCCAAAAUGCAGAGUGAUCGUGAAUAUCAUAAAGACUAUGAAAAGUCGAAAACUAUCUACACGACACCUCUUGAUAUGCUCCAAGUCACUCAGGCUAAGAAAGCUCAGGCAAUUGCCAGUGACAUGGACUACAAGCACGUCCUACACAGUUACAGCUACCCGCCCGACAGCGUCAACCUGGACCUGGCCAAGAAGGCGUAUGCACUGCAGAGCGACGUCGAAUACAAAGCUGACUACAACAGCUGGAUGAAAGGCUGUGGCUGGGUGCCUUAUGGGUCCUUAGAAAUGGAAAAGGCAAAGAGAGCUUCAGACAUCCUUAAUGAGAAAAAAUAUCGCCAACAUCCAGAUACUUUCAAGUUUACUUCGAUUGAAGAUGCUCCAAUUACAGUGCAAUCUAAGAUUAACCAGGCCCAGAGGAGUGAUAUUGCCUACAAAGCCAAAGGAGAGAAAACUCUCCACAAAUACAGCCUGCCAGCGGACCUGCCCCAGUUCAUCCAGGCUAAAGUCAAUGCCUACAAUAUCAGUGAGAAUAUAUACAAAGCAGACUUGAAAGAUAUGAGCAAGAAGGGGUACGACCUGAGAACGGAUGCGAUUCCCAUCAAGGCUGCCAAGGCUGCCAGGCAGGCAGCCAGUGAUGUUCAGUACAAAAAAGAUUAUGAAAAGGCCAAAGGGAAAAUGGUUGGCUUCCAAAGUCUCCAAGAUGAUCCUAAACUGGUUCAUUAUAUGAAUGUAGCCAAGAUACAAUCGGACCGGGUAUAUAAAAAUGACUAUGAGAAGACAAAGACGAAAUUCAACAUACCCCACGAUAUGUUCAAUGUCGUGGCAGCUAAGAAAGCUCAGGAUAUCGUCAGCAAUACCAACUAUAAGCACCCACUCCAUCAUUACACCUACCUGCCUGAUGCCAUGGACCUGGAGUUGUCUAAAAAUAUGAUGCACAUACAGAGCGAUAAUGUCUACAAGGAAGACUACAACACCUGGAUGAAAGGCAUCGGCUGGAUACCUAUUGGGAGUCUGGAUGUAGAAAAAGUCAAAAAGGCGGGUAAUGCCCUGAGUGAAAAGAAGUACAGGCAGCAUCCAGACACCCUCAAAUUCACCAGCAUCGUGGACUCCCCAGUUAUGGUCCAAGCAAAGCAGAACACACAGCAAGUCAGUGAUAUCUUAUACAAAGCUAAAGGAGAAGAUGUGAAGCAUAAAUACACGAUGAGUUCUGAUCUUCCUCAGUUUCUACAGGCCAAGUGCAAUGCUUACAAUAUAAGUGAUGUCUGUUAUAAACGGGACUGGCAUGACUUAAUAGCCAAGGGCAACAAUGUGCUGGGAGAUGCUAUUCCCAUCGCUGCAGCCAAAGCGUCAAGAAACAUUGCCAGUGAUUAUAAAUACAAGGAAGCUUAUGAGAAGGCCAAGGGCAAGCAUGUGGGUUUUAGAAGCCUCCAGGAUGAUCCCAAGCUGGUCCAUUAUAUGAACGUAGCCAAGCUGCAAUCUGAUCGUGAAUACAGGAAGAACUAUGAGAACACCAAAACCAGCUACCAUACCCCUGGGGACAUGGUUAGCAUCACAGCCGCCAAGAUGGCCCAGGAUGUUGUUACCAACGUCAAUUAUAAACAACCGAUACAUCAUUACACAUACCUACCUGAUGCCAUGAGUGUCCAGCACACCAGGAACGCGAAUCAAAUUCAGAGUGAUAAUGUGUAUAAGGACGACUAUAACACCUUCUUCAAGGGCAUUGGCUGGAUCCCUAUUGGUUCCCUGGAGGUUGAGAAGGCCAAGAAAGCAGGCGAUGCAUUAAAUGAGAGGAAGUACCGACAGCACCCAGAUACCAUCAAGUUCACAAGCGUGCCCGAUUCCAUGGGCAUGGUUCUGGCUCAGCAGAACACGAAGCAGCUGAGUGACUUGAACUACAAGGUAGAGGGGGAGAAACUGAAGCACAAGUACACGAUAGACCCCGAAUUGCCUCAGUUUAUUCAAGCCAAGGUCAACGCCCUCAACAUGAGCGAUGCUUAUUAUAAAGCAGACUGGAAGAAAACUCUCGCUAAGGGUUAUGAUUUGAGAACAGAUGCUAUUCCAAUUGUUGCUGCAAAAAGUUCAAGAAAUAUUGCUAGUGAUUUCAAAUAUAAACAGGCCCACGAGAAAGCCAAAGGCAAGCAAAUUGGAUUUCGUAGUCUUCAGGAUGAUCCCAAACUGGUUCACUACAUGAAUGUAGCCAAAAUGCAGUCAGAGCGUGAGUACAAAAAGGGCUAUGAAGCCAGCAAGACCAGGUACCACACACCCUUGGAUAUGUUCAGUGUGACGGCGGCCAAGAAAUCUCAGGAGGUUGCUACCAACACCAACUACAGACAACCCUUCCACAACUACACUCUGCUGCCCGAUGCCAUGAAUGUGGAGCAUUCCAAGAACGCGAUGCAGAUUCAAAGCGAUAAUCUAUACAAAUCCGACUUCACCAACUGGAUGAAAGGGAUUGGCUGGGUCCCCAUAGAUUCCCUAGAAGUGGAGAAGGCAAAGAAAGCAGGAGAGAUUCUUAGCGAGAGGAAGUAUCGCCAGCACCCUGAGAAGCUGAAGUUCACGUACUCCAUGGACACAAUGGAACAAGAACUUAAUAAGAGUAACAAACUGACUAUGGAUAAGAGGCGCUACAUUGAGAAAUGGAACAAAGACAAGAGAAUGUCUGUCUUUUACGUGCCAGAAAUCAGGAUCCUCAUCCUAACCCAAAUGAAAAGAUGCUGACGCUUUUCUUUCCUUUUUUUCUAUUUGAUCACUUAGAAACUGUACAAAGCUGGUUGGGAAGAGGAAAAGAAGAAAGGAUAUGACUUGAGGCCGGAUGCCAUCUCAAUAAAGGCUGCAAGGGCCUCUAGAGACAUUGCCAGUGAUUUCAAAUACAAGCAAGCCUACGAACAAGGCAAAGGGAAGCACAUUGGCUUCCGGAGCCUGGAGGACGACCCCAAGUUGGUGCACUUCAUGCAGGUGGCCAAGAUGCAGUCAGACCGGGAGUACAGGAAGGGCUAUGAGAAAUCCAAGACGUCCUUCCACACGCCCGUGGACAUGUUCAGUGUGGUGGCGGCCAAGAAGUCUCAGGAAGUGGCCAGCAACACCAACUACAGGAAUGUGAUCCACACCUACAACAUGCUUCCUGACUCCAUGAACUUCGAAUUGGCCAAAAACAUGAUGCAGAUUCAAAGUGAUCACCUCUACAAACAAGCAUGGGAGGCUGACAAGACCAAAGUCCACAUCAUGCCCGAUAUCCCCCAGAUUAUAUUGGCAAAGGCAAAUGCCAUUAACAUGAGCGAUAAACUCUACAAACUUUCCAUGGAAGAGUCUAAAAAGAAAGGCUAUGAUCUCAGGACUGAUGCCAUUUCUAUCAAAGCUGCCAAGGCCUCAAGAGAUAUUGCAAGUGAUUAUAAAUAUAAACAUAACUAUGAAAAGGAGAGGGGGAAAAUGGUUGGUUUCCGCAGUCUUGAGGACGAUCCCAAGUUAGUCCAUUCCAUGCAAGUGGCUAAGAUGCAGUCUGAUCGGGAGUACAAGAAAAACUAUGAGAAGACGAAGACCAGCUACCACACCCCUCCCAACAUGCUCAGUGUCACGGCCGCCAAGGAUGCCCAAGCCAACAUCUCCAACACCAACUAUAAGCACCUGAUUCACAAGUACAUCCUCCUUCCAGAUGCCAUGAACAUCCAGCUGAGCAAGAAUAUGAAUCACAUACAGAGUGACAAUGAAUAUAAGCAGGACUACAACGAAUGGUACAAAGGGCUUGGCUGGAGUCCAGCCGGUUCCCUAGAAGUGGAGAAGGCCAAGAAAGCAACUGAAUAUGCCAGUGAUCAGAAAUACCGCCAGCACCCUAGCACUUUCCAGUUUAAGAAGCUGACUGACUCCAUGGACAUGGUUCUUGCCAAGCAGAAUGCGCUUACCAUGAACAAGCAAUUAUACACUGUUGAUUGGGACAAAGAUAAAACCAAGAUUCAUGUGAUGCCUGAUACACCGGAUAUUUUACAAGCCAAGCAGAAUCAAACAAUAUACAGUCAGAAACUCUAUAAACUUGGAUGGGAAGAAGCUCUGAAGAAAGGCUAUGACCUCCCAGUUGAUGCAAUUUCAGUACAGCUGGCCAAAGCUUCAAGAGACAUUGCUAGUGAUUUUAAAUAUAAACAAGGCUACCGCAAGCAACUCGGCCACCAUAUUGGAUUCCGGAGUCUGCAAGAUGAUCCAAAGCUUGUGCUGUCCAUGAACGUGGCCAAAAUGCAGAGUGACAGGGAGUACAAGAAGGACUUUGAGAAGUGGAAGACCAAGUACACCAGCCCAGUGGACAUGCUGGGGGUGGUCCUGGCCAAGAAGUGCCAGGCCUUGGUCAGCGAUGUGGACUACAAGAACUACCUGCACCAGUGGACGUGCCUGCCCGACCAGAACGAUGUUAUCCAAGCUAAAAAAGUUUAUGAAAUACAGAGUGAGAAUGUGUAUAAGUCUGACCUCGAGUGGCUGAGAGGCAUAGGAUGGAGUCCCCUGGGUUCUUUGGAGGCGGAAAAGAACAAGCGUGCCUCAGAAAUCAUCAGUGAGAAGAAGUAUCGCCAGCCUGCAGACAAAAACAAGUUCACCAGCAUUACUGAUGCCAUGGAUGUGGUUCUGGCAAAGACCAAUGCCAAAAAUAGGAGUGAUAGACUUUAUAGAGAAGCCUGGGACAAGGACAAGACUCAAGUCCACAUCAUGCCAGAUACACCUGACAUUAUGCUGGCUAAAGCAAACUUAAUCAACACAAGUGAUAAACUCUAUCGAAUGGGUUAUGAGGAGCUGAAGAAAAAAGGCUACGAUCUGCCCCUUGAUGCCAUAUCAGUCAAAGCAGCAAAAGCAUCCCGAGAGAUUGCCAGUGAAUACAAGUACAAGGAAGGCUUUCGCAAGCAGCUUGGCCACCACAUUGGAGCCCGGAACAUUAAGGACGACCCCAAGAUGAUGUGGUCCAUGCAUGUGGCCAAGAUCCAGAGUGACAGGGAGUACAAGAAGGACUUUGAGAAGUCGAAGACCAGGUACAGCAGCCCCGUGGACAUGCUGGGGGUGGUCCUGGCCAAGAAGUGCCAGACCUUGGUCAGUGACGUGGACUACAAGAACUACCUGCACCAGUGGACGUGCCUGCCCGACCAGAAUGACGUCAUCCACGCUCGGCAGGCCUAUGACCUCCAGAGUGACAAUUUGUACAAGGCCGACCUUCAGUGGCUAAAAGGCAUUGGCUGGCUACCUAGUGGUUCUCUUGAGGAUGAGAAGAACAAGAGAGCUAUGCAGAUUUUGAGUGAACAUGUUUACCGUCAACACCCAGAUAAAUUCAAGUUUACCAGCCUUAUGGACUCCAUACCGAUGGUUUUGGCAAAAAACAAUGCUAUUACCAUGAACCAUCGCCUCUAUACUGAAGCUUGGGAUAAAGAUAAAACCAGUAUCCACAUUAUGCCAGACACCCCUGAAGUUUUACUAGCUAAGCAAAACAAAAUAAAUUACAGUGAGAAACUAUAUAAACUUGGCCUAGAAGAAGCCAAGAGGAAAGGCUAUGAUAUGCGGUUAGAUGCUAUUCCCAUCAAGGCGGCCAAGGCCUCCAGAGACAUUGCAAGUGAAUUCAAGUACAAGGAAGGCUAUCGUAAGCAGCUCGGCCACCACAUUGGAGCCCGGGACAUCAAGGACGACCCCAAGAUGAUGUGGUCCUUGCAUGUGGCCAAGAUCCAGAGUGACAGGGAGUACAAGAAGGACUUUGAGAAGUCGAAGACCAGGUACAGCAGCCCCGUGGACAUGCUGGGGGUGGUCCUGGCUAAGAAGUGCCAGACCUUGGUCAGCGACGUGGACUACAAGAACUACCUGCACCAGUGGACGUGCCUGCCCGACCAGAAUGACGUCAUCCACGCUCGGCAGGCCUAUGAAAUCCAGAGCGACAAUAUGUACAAGUCAGAUCUUCAGUGGAUGAGAGGCAUCGGCUGGGUUCCCAUUGGCUCUUUGGAUGUGGAGAAAUGCAAAAAGGCAACUGAAAUUUUGAGUGAUAAAAUCUAUCGCCAGCAUCCAGACCAAUUUAAAUUUACCAGUGUGACUGAUUCUCUGGAACAAGUGUUGGCCAAGAAUAAUGCCAUCACCAUGAACAAGCGUUUAUACACAGAAGCCUGGGACAAAGACAAGACCCAGAUCCACAUCAUGCCGGACACCCCAGAAAUUACAUUGGCAAGAAUGAACAAAAUCAACUACAGUGAGAGUCUAUAUAAACUCGCCAACGAAGAGGCAAAGAAGAAAGGCUAUGACUUGCGAAGCGACGCCAUCCCGAUCGUGGCAGCCAAGGCCUCCAGGGACAUUGCCAGUGAUUACAAAUACAAAGAUGGUUACCGCAAGCAGCUUGGCCACCACAUUGGAGCCCGGAACAUUAAGGACGACCCCAAGAUGAUGUGGUCCAUGCAUGUGGCCAAGAUCCAGAGUGACAGGGAGUACAAGAAGGACUUUGAGAAGUCGAAGACCAGGUACAGCAGCCCCGUGGACAUGCUGGGGGUGGUCCUGGCUAAGAAGUGCCAGAUCUUGGUCAGUGACGUGGACUACAAGAACUACCUGCACCAGUGGACGUGCCUGCCCGACCAGAACGACGUCAUCCACGCUCGGCAGGCCUAUGAAAUCCAGAGCGACAAUGUAUACAAGUCUGAUCUCCAGUGGAUGAGAGGCAUUGGCUGGGUCCCCAUCGGGUCUCUGGAUGUGGUCAAGUGCAAGAGAGCUGCAGAGAUACUGAGUGACAACAUCUACCGCCAGCCUCCAGACAAGCAGAAAUUCACCAGCGUGACUGACUCCCUGGAGCAGGUGCUGGCAAAGAACAACGCCAUCACCAUGAACAAGCGUUUAUAUACAGAGGCCUGGGACAAAGACAAGACUCAAAUUCAUGUCAUGCCUGACACCCCGGAGAUCAUGUUGGCAAAGCAGAACCAACUCAACUACAGUGAGACUCUGUAUAAACUUGCCAAUGAAGAAGCAAAGAAGAAAGGCUACGACUUGCGAAGCGAUGCCAUCCCGAUUGUGGCGGCCAAGGCCUCCAGAGACAUCGUCAGCGAUUACAAAUACAAAGAUGGUUACCGCAAGCAGCUUGGCCACCACAUUGGAGCCCGGAACAUUAAGGACGACCCCAAAAUGAUGUGGUCCAUGCAUGUGGCCAAGAUCCAGAGUGACAGGGAGUACAAGAAGGACUUUGAGAAGUCGAAGACCAGGUACAGCAGCCCCGUGGACAUGCUGGGGGUGGUGCUGGCCAAGAAGUGCCAGACCUUGGUCAGUGACGUGGACUACAAGAACUACCUGCACCAGUGGACGUGCCUGCCCGACCAGAAUGACGUCAUCCACGCUCGGCAGGCCUAUGAAAUCCAGAGCGACAACAUGUAUAAAUCAGAUCUCCAGUGGAUGAGAGGCAUCGGCUGGGUCCCCAUCGGGUCUCUGGAUGUGGUCAAGUGCAAGAGAGCUGCAGAGAUACUGAGUGACAACAUCUACCGCCAGCAUCCAGACAAGCUGAAAUUCACCAGCGUGACUGACUCCCUGGAGCAGGUGCUGGCAAAGAACAACGCCAUCACCAUGAACAAGCGCUUAUACACAGAAGCCUGGGACAAAGACAAGACUCAAAUCCAUAUCAUGCCUGAUACACCUGAAAUUAUGUUGGCAAGACAAAAUAAAAUAAAUUAUAGUGAGAGCCUCUAUCGCCAGGCCAUGGAAGAAGCCAAGAAAGAAGGCUAUGACUUGAGAAGUGACGCCAUUUCUAUUGUGGCUGCCAAGGCCUCCAGGGACAUCGCCAGUGAUUACAAAUACAAAGAAGCUUAUCGUAAGCAACUGGGUCACCACAUUGGUGCCCGAGCAAUCCAUGACGACCCCAAGAUGAUGUGGUCCCUUCACAUUGCCAAAGUGCUGAGUAGCCUCGAGUAUAAGAAAGAAUUUGAGAAAUACAAGACCAGAUACAGCAGCCCGGUGGACAUGCUUGGAAUCGUUUUGGCCAAGAAAUGUCAGACCUUGGUCAGUGAUGUGGACUAUAAACAUCUCCUUCACGAGUGGACAUGCCUGCCCGACCAGAAUGACGUCAUCCAUGCUCGGAAAGCUUAUGACCUCCAGAGCGACAAUUUGUAUAAGUCAGACCUUGAAUGGAUGAAAGGCAUUGGCUGGGUUCCAAUUGGCUCCUUGGAAGUUGUUAAAGCCAAGAGGGCCACAGAGAUACUGAGUGAUAAUAUCUACCGUCAGCGUCCAGAUGCACUGAAAUUUACCAGCAUAACUGACACGCCGGAGCAGGUGCUGGCAAAGAGCAAUGCUAUAAACAUGAAUAAGCGCUUAUAUACUGAAGCCUGGGACAAUGAUAAGAAAACAAUCCAUGUCAUGCCUGACACUCCAGAAAUCAUGCUAGCCAAGCUUAACAGAAUAAACUAUAGUGAUAAACUCUAUAAACUUGCUUUGGAAGAGUCCAGGAAGGAAGGCUAUGACUUGCGUGUGGAUGCCAUUCCAAUCCAAGCAGCCAAGGCUUCGAGAGAUAUUGCCAGUGAGUACAAGUACAAGGAAGGCUAUCGUAAGCAGCUCGGCCACCACAUUGGAGCCCGGAACAUUAAGGACGACCCCAAGAUGAUGUGGUCCUUGCAUGUGGCCAAGAUCCAGAGUGACAGGGAGUACAAGAAGGACUUUGAGAAGUCGAAGACCAAGUACAGCAGCCCCGUGGACAUGCUGGGCGUGGUGCUGGCCAAGAAGUGCCAGAUCCUUGUAAGCGACAUAGACUACAAGCAUCCCCUGCAUGAGUGGACCUGUCUGCCCGACCAGAACGACGUCAUUCAGGCUCGGAAGGCCUAUGACCUUCAGAGUGAUGCUAUUUACAAGGCUGAUCUUGAGUGGCUGCGAGGCAUUGGAUGGGUGCCCAUUGGCUCCGUAGAGGUCGAAAAGGUGAAGAGAGCUGGAGAAAUCCUGAGUGACAGGAAGUACCGUCUGCCUGCAGAUAAGCUCAAGUUCACAUGCAUUACAGAUACCCCAGAAAUUGUCCUGGCAAAGAGUAAUGCCCUGACAAUGAGCAAGCACUUAUAUACAGAAGCUUGGGAUGCUGACAAAACUUCCAUCCAUGUGAUGCCGGACACCCCAGAAAUCAUGCUGGCCAAGAGCAAUUCUGUCAAUAUCAGCCAAAAACUUUACACCAAGGGAUGGGAUGAAUCAAAGAUGAAGGACUAUGACCUGAGAGCUGAUGCUAUUUCCAUCAAAAGUGCCAAGGCCUCGAGGGACAUUGCCAGUGACUACAAAUACAAAGAAGCAUAUGAAAAACAGAAAGGCCACCACAUUGGAGCCCAGAGCAUUGAAGAUGACCCCAAAAUCAUGUGUGCCAUAAAUGCAGGGAAGAUUCAAAGUGAAAGAGAGUACAAGAAGGACUUUGAAAAAUCGAAGACCAAGUAUAGUACCCCAGUGGAUAUGUUAGGCAUCUUGCUGGCCAAGAAAUGUCAGACACUGGUCAGUGACAUUGACUACCGCAAUAUCCUGCACCACUGGACAUGCUUGCCUGAUCAAAACGACAUUAUCCAAGCAAAGAGGGCCUAUGAGCUGCAGAGUGAUAGUGUAUAUAAGGCAGACCUGGAGUGGUUGCGUGGCAUCGGCUGGAUGCCAGAAGGCUCAGUAGAAAUGACCAGAGUGAAAGGUGCUCAAGACCUGAUGAAUGAAAGGCUCUAUCGGACACGACCAGAAGCCUUGACAUUCACUUGCAUUACUGACACGCCAGAAGUUGUCCUGGCAAAAGCCAAUUCUCUGCAAAUUAGUGAGAAACUGUAUCAAGAAGCCUGGAAUAAAGACAAAACCAACAUCAACAUUCCUUCCGACACGCCAGUCAUGCUGCAGGCCCAAAUCAAUGCCUUGCAAAUCAGCAAUAAACUCUACCAGAAAGACUGGAACGAGGCCAAGCAGAAAGGCUAUGACAUAAGAGCAGAUGCCAUUGAAAUCAAGCACGCCAAAGCCUCCAGGGAAAUCGCCAGUGAGUACAAAUACAAAGAAGGUUACCGUAAGCAACUGGGCCACCACGUGGGUUUCCGCAGCCUACAAGAUGACCCCAAAUUGGUAUGGUCUAUACAUGCUGCCAAGAUCCAGAGUGACAGGGAAUAUAGGAAAGCUUAUGAGAAGUCUAAAGGAAUUUACAACACACCCUUGGACAUGAUGUCCAUUGUUCAAGCCAAGAAAUGCCAGGUCCUGGUUAGCGACGUGGAUUAUCGCAAUUAUCUGCACCAGUGGACGUGUCUGCCAGAUCAGAAUGAUGUGAUCCAGGCCAAGAAAGCCUACGAACUGCAGAGCGAUAACGUGUACAAAUCAGACCUGGAAUGGUUGAAGGGUAUCGGAUGGUUGCCAGAGGGUUCUGUGGAAGUGGUGAGAGUGAAGAAUGCCCAAGAUCUCCUCAAUGAAAAGCUGUAUCGUACAAAGCCUGAGACCCUCAAAUUCACCUGCAUUGCUGAUACACCUGAAGUCAUUCUGGCAAAGACCAAUGCUCUACAGAUCAGCGAGCCAUUGUAUCGCGAUGCCUGGGACAAAGAGAAGGCUAAUGUGAAUGUGCCAGCCGACACUCCAGGGAUGCUGCAGUCCAAGAUCAACGCCCUGCAGAUCAGCAACCCAUUGUAUCGCGAUGCCUGGGACAAAGAGAAGGCUAAUGUGAAUGUGCCAGCCGACACUCCAGGGAUGCUGCAGUCCAAGAUCAACGCCCUGCAGAUCAGCAACCCAUUGUAUCGCGAUGCCUGGGACAAAGAGAAGGCUAAUGUGAAUGUGCCAGCCGACACUCCAGGGAUGCUGCAGUCCAAGAUCAACGCCCUGCAGAUCAGCAACAAACACUACCAGCAAGCUUGGGAAGAUGUCAAGUCGACCGGCUAUGACCUGCGAGCAGAUGCCAUUGGGAUCCAGCAUGCCAAGGCUUCCAGGGAUAUUGCCAGUGAUUAUCUGUAUAAGACUGCUUAUGAGAAACAGAAAGGCCACUAUAUUGGAUGUCGCAAUGCCAAGGAAGACCCUAAACUGGCUUGGGCAGCAAAUGUAUUAAAGAUGCAGAAUGACAGGCUGUACAAAAAGGCCUACAAUGACCACAAGGCGAAGAUCUCCAUCCCGGGGGACAUGGUGUCCAUCAGCACUGCCAAAGAAGGCCAGGCAUUAGCAAGCAACGUGGACUAUCGCCAGUACCUGCACCAGUGGUCUUGCUUUCCUGACCAGAACGAUGUGAUCCACGCCAGGAGGGCGUACGACCUGCAGAGUGAUGCUAUCUACAAGGCUGACUUGGAGUGGCUGCGUGGCAUUGGCUGGAUGCCGGAUGGGUCUCCCGAAGUACUGAGAGUCAAAAACGCCCAGGAGAUCCUACGAGACAGUGUCUACCGGACACCGGUGGUGAAUCUCAAGUACACAAGCAUCGUCGACACACCGGAAGUUGUCCUUGCUAAGUCAAAUGCUGAAAAUAUUAGUAUUCCAAAGUACAGAGAAGUUUGGGACAAGGAUAAAACGUCGAUCCACAUAAUGCCAGACACUCCAGAAAUUAACCUCGCCAGAGCCAAUGCUCUCAACGUGAGCAAUAAAAUUUACCGCGAGGGUUGGGAUGAAGUGAAGAUGAGCUGCGACGUGCGGCUGGAUGCCAUCCCUAUACAGUCUGCCAAGGCUUCCCGAGAGAUCGCCAGUGAUUAUAAAUACAAGCUUGACCAUGAGAAGCAGAAGGGCCACUACGUGGGCACCCUCACCGCCAGGGACGACAACAGGAUCCGGUGGGCCCUCAUAGCUGGCAAGCUUCAGAAUGAGCGAGAGUAUCGGCUGAACUGGGCCAAAUACAAGACUAAGUUCCAAAGCCCUGUGGAUAUGCUUUCCAUCUUGCAUUCUAAAAAUUGCCAGGUUCUGGUCAGCGACAUCGAUUACCGCCAACGCUUACACCAGUGGACAUGCCUGCCCGACCAGAACGAUGUGAUUCAGGCCAAAAAGGCCUACGAACUGCAAAGCGAUGCUAUUUACAAGUCCGACUUGGAAUGGUUGCGUGGGAUCGGAUGGAUGCCCAAUGAUUCCGUUUCCGUCAAUCACGCGAAAUACGCUGGGGAUAUCUUCAGUGAGAAUAAGUAUCGCACAAAAAUCGAAAGUCUGAACUUUACUCCUGUGGAUGACAGAGUUGAUUAUGUGACCGCGAAACAAAGUGGUGAAAUCCUAAAUGAUAUUAAAUACCGGAAAGAUUGGAAUGACACCAAAUCAAAGUACACCCUCACAGAAACCCCCCUGCUGCACACUGCCCAGGAGGCAGCCCGGAUACUGGACCAGUACCUCUACAAGGAAGGCUGGGAGAAACAGAAGGCCACAGGCUACAUCUUGCCUCCGGAUGCUGUGCCGUUUGUCCAUGCCCAUCAUUCUAGUGAUGUUCAGAGCGAGCUGAAAUACAAAGCUGAGCAUGUAAAGCAGAAAGGUCAUUAUGUUGGCGUGCCGACCAUGAGGGAUGAUCCCAACCUAGUGUGGUUUGAGCACGCGGGCCAGAUCCAGAAUGACCGACUGUACAAAGAGGACUAUCAUAAAACAAAGGCCAAGAUCAACAUACCUGCUGACACGGUGUCGGUGCUGGCUGCCAAGCAAGGGCAGUCCCUUAUCAGUGAUAUCGAUUACCGUAAUUACCUGCACCAAUGGACAUGUCAUCCUGACCAAAACGAUGUUAUUCAGGCCAAGAAGGCCUAUGAACUACAGAGUGAUAAUGUCUACAAAUCCGACCUGGAGUGGCUACGAGGCAUUGGCUGGAUCCCCCUGGAUUCUGUGGAGCAUGUGAGGGUUACUAAAAACCAAGAAAUGGUGAAUCAGGUGAAAUAUAAGAAAGCUGCUCUCGACAACUAUCCUAAUUUUACAAGUGUGGAAGACCCUCCAGAGAUUGUUUUGGCCAAGAUUAACUCAGUCAAUCAAAGUGAUAUAAAAUAUAAAGAGACAUUUAAUAAAUUAAUAAAGGGCAAGUAUAUAUUUUCUCCGGAGACACCACAUAUCACCCACUCCAAAGACAUGGGAAAACUCUACAGUACAAUACUGUACAAGGGGGCGUGGGAGGGAACCAAGGCCUACGGCUAUACCUUGGAUGAACGCUACAUCCCCAUUGUUGGAGCCAAGCAUGCUGACUAUGUGAACAGUGAGCUUAAAUACAAAGAGACAUUUGAGAAGCAGAAGGGUCACUACCUGGCUGGGAAAGAAAUCAGUGAGUUCCCUGGUGUGGUUCACUGCCUGGAUUUCCAAAAGAUGAGGAGUGCGUUGAACUACAGAAAACAUUAUGAGGACACCAAAGCAAAUAUCCACAUCCCCAAUGAUAUGAUGAACCAUGUGCUGGCCAAAAAGUGCCAGUACAUCCUCAGCGACCUGGAGUACCGACACUACUUCCACCAGUGGACGUCCCUCCCAGAAGAACCCAGUAUUCUAGUGGCCCGGAACGCACAGGAGAUCCUGAGUGACAAUGUGUAUAAAGAUGACUUGAAUUGGCUGAAAGGCAUUGGAUGCUAUGUCUGGGAUACACCCCAGAUCUUGCAAGCCAAGAAGUCGUAUGACCUUCAGAGUCAGAUACAAUACACCGCAGCGAGUAAAGAGAAUCUGCAGAAUUAUAGCCUGGUCACAGACACACCAGUUUACGUGACUGCUCUUCAAAGCGGCAUCAAUGCCAGCGAGGUGAGAUAUAAAGAAAAUUAUCAUCAGAUUAAGGACAAGUAUACGACAAUACUGGAAACAGUGGAUUAUGACAGAACCAAGAAUCUGAAGGAUCUUUAUAGCAGUAACCUGUACAAGGAGGCCUGGGAAAAGGUGAAAGCCACCAGCUACAUCCUGCCCUCCAGCACCAUGUCCCUGACACACGCCAAGAGCCAGAAGGAUCUGGCCAGCAAUAUCAAAUACCGGGAAGAAUAUGAAAAGUUCAAAGCUCUUUAUACUUUACCAAGAAGUGUUGACGACGACCCAAAUACAGCGCGAUGCCUCCGAGUUGGCAAAUAUAACAUUGAUCGCCUGUACAAGUCCGUUUAUGAAAAGAACAAGAUGAAAAUCAACAUUGUGCCCGACAUGGUAGAGAUGGUUACUGCUAAGGAUUCUCAGAAGAAAGUCAGUGAAAUUGAUUACCGCCUACACCUCCAUGAAUGGAUUUGCCACCCCGACUUGCAAGUCAACAGUCAUGUCAGGAAAGUCACAGAUCAGAUCAGCGACAUUGUGUACAAGGAUGACCUCAACUGGUUGAAAGGCAUUGGUUGCUAUGUCUGGGACACUCCUGAAAUUCUCCAUGCCAAGCAUGCUUAUGAUCUGCGCAAUGAUAUCAAGUACCAAGCUCAUGUGAAGAAAACAAGGAAUGACUACAAUUUGGUCAUGGAUACUCCAGUCUACGUCCAGGCUGUCCAAAGCAGGAAACAAAUAAGUGACGCUGUCUACCACCACGACUACGUGCACAGUGUCAGAGGCAAAGUGGCUCCAACUACAAAAACUGUGGACCUGGACCGGGCGCUUCACGCAUACAAGCUCCAGAGUGAGAAUCUGUACCGAGACGCGGGCAAGCGCUCCCUGCCUACUGGAUACAGGCUUCCGGUCGACACUCCGCACUUCAAACACUCCAAGGACACCCAGUACAUGAGCAGUUAUUUCAAGUACAAGGAAGUUUAUGAACACCUCAAGGCAAACGGGUAUACACUUGGCCCCAAUGAUGUUCCGUUUGUCAAUGUCCGGAGGAUCAACAACGUUACCAGUGAGAGGCUGUAUCGGCAACUGUACCACAAACUCAAAGACAAGAUCCACACAACCCCUGACACACCUGAAUUCCGCCAAGUCAAGAAGACACAAGAAGCUGUCAGUGAGCUGAUCUACAAAUCAGACUUCUUCAAGAUGCAGGGUCACAUGAUCUCGCUGCCAUACACACCCCAAGUGCUCCAUUGCCGUUAUGUGGGAGACAUCACCAGUGACAUUAAAUACAAAGAGGACUUGCAGAUCCUGAAGGGAAUAGGCUGCUUCCUGAUGGACACUCCCGACAUGGUCCGUUCCCGGCACCUGCGGAAGCUCUGGUCUAAUUACCUGUACACUGAUAAUGCAAGGAAGAUGCGAGACAAGUACAAAGUGGUGCUUGACACUCCGGAGUACAGAACAGUGCAAGAACUGAAGACACACCUGAGUGAGCUGGUGUACAGAGCUAAAGGCAAGAAGCAGAAGUCCAUCUUCACUUCAAUUCCUGAUACACCUGAUCUUCUAAGAGCCAAGCAAGGGCAGAAGCUUCAGAGUCAGUAUCUAUAUGUUGAACUUGCCACCAAAGAGAGACCCCAUCAUCACGCUGGAAACCAGACCACAGCCUUGAAGCAUGCCAAAGACGUGAAGGACCUGGUCAGCGAGAACAAGUACAAGAUUCAGUAUGAAAAGAUGAAGGACAAGUACACCCCAAUCCCAGACACACCAGUCCUCAUCAGAGCCAAGAAGGCCUACUGGAACGCCAGUGAUCUACGCUACAAAGAAACAUUUGAAAAGACCAAAGGGAAAUACCACACCGUGAAGGAUGCUCUGGACAUUGUGUACCAUCGCCGAGUCACAGAUGACAUCAGUAAAGUGAAAUACAAGGAGAACUACAUGAGCCAGCUGGGAAUCUGGAGGUCCAUUCCUGAUAGCCCAGAGCAAUUCCACCACCAGGCAGUCAGGGAUGCAGUCAGUGAUGUAAAAUACAAAGAAGAUUUGACCUGGCUUAAAGGAAUUGGUUGCUAUGCCUAUGAUACCCCCGACUUCACUCUGGCUGAGCAGAACAAGACUCUCUACAGCAAGUAUAAGUAUAAGGAGAUAUUUGAAAGGACAAAGUCAAAUUUCAAGUAUGAAGCCGAUUGUCCAAUCAAUAGGCAUUUCAAGUAUGCAACUCAGUUGAUGAAUGAGAAAAAAUACAGAGCUGAUUAUCACCAGAGGAAAGAUAAAUACCACCUGGUAGUCGAUGAGCCUAGACAUCUGCUGGCUAAGAUCGCAGGCGACCAGAUCAGUCAGAUCAAGUACAGGAAAAAGUAUGAAAAAUCUAAGGACAAAUUUACCUCAAUUGUGGACACUCCGGAACACCUGCGUACUACAAAAGUCAACAAACAAAUCAGUGAUAUACUUUACAAAUUGGAAUACAACAAGGCCAAGCCCAGAGGCUACACCACAAUCCACGACACGCCCAUGCUGCUGCAUGUCCGGAAGGUCAAAGAUGAAGUCAGUGAUCUGAAAUACAAAGAAGUUUACCAAAGAAACAAGUCCAACUGCACCAUUAAGCCAGAUGCUGUUCAUAUCAAAGCCGCCAAGGACGCCUACAAAGUCAACACCAACCUGGACUACAAGAAGCUGUACGAAGCCAACAAAGCCCACUGGAGGUGGAUCCCUGACCGACCGGACUUCCUCCAGGCCGCCAAGUCCUCCCUGCAGCAAAGCGAUUUUGAAUACAAACUGGACCGAGAGUUCCUCAAGGGUUGCAAGCUGUCCGUCACCGAUGACAAAGACAUGGUGCUGGCCCUGAGGAAUUCCUUAAUAGAAAGUGACCUGAAAUACAAAGAGAAACAUGUCAAGGAGAGAGGAAGCUGCCACGCUGUGCCCGACACUCCUCAGAUCCUCCUGGCAAAGGCUGUCAGCCACCUGGUGUCCGAGACGACGCUGCCGGAGACCCCGAAUACUAUUCGCGUCAAGGAAGUGACCAAGCAUGUCAGCGACACAAAUUACAAAAAGAAGUUUGUCAAGGAGAAAGGGAAAUCCAACUACUCCAUCAUGAUGGAGCCCCCAGACGUGAAACAUGCCAUGGAAGUGGCCAAGAAGCAGAGUGACGUUGCUUACAGAAAAGAUGCCAAAGAAAACCUGCAUUACACCACAGUGGCUGAUCGGCCCGACAUCAAGAAGGCCACGCAGGCAGCCAAGCAGGCCAGCGAGGUGGAGUACAGAGCCAAGCACCGGAAGGAGGGCAGCCAUGGGUUAAGCAUGCUUGGUCGCCCAGACAUUGAAAUGGCCAAGAAGGCAGCCAAGCUGAGCAGCCAGAUUAAAUACCGAGAAAAUUUCGACAAAGAGAAGGGCAAGACACCAAAAUACAAUCCAAAAGACAGCCAGCUCUACAAAGUCAUGAAAGAUGCUAACAAUCUCGCAAGUGAGGUUAAAUAUAAGGCUGACCUCAAGAAACUUCACAAACCUGUGACUGACAUGAAGGAAUCUCUGAUAAUGAAUCAUGUCCUGAAUACAAGCCAACUCGCCAGUUCUUACCAGUACAAGAAGAAGUACGAGAAGAGUAAAGGCCACUACCACACCAUCCCCGACAACCUGGAGCAGCUGCACCUAAAGGAGGCCACGGAACUGCAGAGCAUUGUGAAAUACAAAGAAAAGUAUGAAAAGGAACGAGGAAAGCCCAUGUUGGACUUUGAAACACCAACGUACCUCACCGCCAAAGAAUCUCAGCAGAUGCAGAGCGGGAAAGAAUACAGGAAAGAAUAUGAUGAGUCCAUCAAAGGCAGAAACCUGACUGGCCUGGAGGUCACGCCAGCUUCAUUACAUGCCAAAUAUGCAACCAAAAUAAUCAGCGAGAAAGAGUACAGGAGAGAUCUAGAAGAAAGCAUCCGUGGGAAGGGUCUCCAUGAAAUGGAAGAUACUCCCGACAUGAUAAGAGCAAAGAACGCCACUCAAAUCCUCAAUGAGAAAGAAUAUAAGAGAGACCUGGAGCUGGGAGUAAAAGGAAAAGGCCUGAACGCCAUGGCCAAUGAAACGCCUGACUUCAUGAGGGCCAAGAACGCCACUGAUAUUGCCAGUCAGAUUAAGUACAAGCAUUCAGCAGAAAUGGAAAAAGCCAAUUUCACUUCUGUGGUUGAUACACCUGAGAUCAUUCAUGCCCAACAAGUCAAAAACCUUUCAAGCCAGAAAAAGUACAAGGAAGAUGCAGAAAAGAGCAUGUCCUCCUAUGAAACAGUGUUAGACACCCCGGAGAUGCAGAGAGUGCGGGAGAACCAAAAGAACUUCAGCCUUCUCCAAUACCAGUGUGACCUUAAAAACAGCAAAGGAAAAAUUACAGUUGUUCAAGACACCCCAGAAAUACUGCGUGUGAAAGAAAAUCAAAAGAAUUUCAGCUCGGUUUUAUAUAAAGAGGAUCCCUCGCCAGGAACAGCGAUUGGAAAGACCCCUGAGAUGAUGAGAGUGAAGCAAACACAGGACCACAUUAGCUCGGUGAAGUACAAGGAAGCAAUUGGACAAGGAACCCCGAUCUCUGACCUGCCGGAAGUGAAACGUGUCAAGGAGACGCAGAAGCACAUUAGCUCGGUUAUGUACAAAGAAAACUUGGGAACAGGCAUUCCAACCUCUGUCACUCCAGAGAUUGAGAGAGUCAAACGCAAUCAAGAGAACUUUAGCUCGGUUUUGUACAAAGAAAAUUUGGGGACAGGAACCCCAACACCUAUCACUCCAGAGAUGGAGAGAGUCAAACGCAAUCAAGAGAACGUUAGCUCGAUUUUGUACAAAGAGAAUUUGAACAAGGGGACCCCCAUACCUGUCACUCCUGAGAUGGAGAGAGUCAAACGCAAUCAAGAAAACUUUAGCUCGGUGUUGUAUAAAGAGAACCUCGGGAAGGGGAUCCCGAUUCCCAUCACUCCAGAGAUGGAGAGAGUCAAACACAAUCAAGAAAACUUUAGUUCGGUGCUAUACAAAGAAAACGUGGGGACAGGAAUCCCAAUCUCCAUCACCCCUGAGAUGCAGAGAGUCAAACACAAUCAAGAAAACAUUAGCUCGGUGUUAUACAAAGAAAACAUGGGCAAGGGAACCCCUUUACCUGUCACUCCAGAGAUGGAGAGAGUCAAACACAAUCAAGAAAAUAUUAGCACGGUCUUGUACAAAGAAAAUAUGGGGAAAGCCACCCCAACCCCUGUCACUCCAGAGAUGCAGAGAGUCAAACGCAAUCAAGAGAACAUUAGCUCGGUGUUAUACAAAGACAACCUGGGCAAAGCGACCCCGACACCCUUUACUCCUGAGAUGGAAAGAGUCAAACGCAAUCAAGAAAACUUUAGCUCGGUGUUGUACAAAGAAAACAUGAGAAAAGCAACUCCGACACCUGUUACUCCAGAGAUGGAGAGAGCUAAGCGCAACCAAGAAAACAUUAGCUCGGUUCUGUAUUCCGACAGCUUCCGGAAACAAAUACAAGGCAAAGCUGCCUAUGUGUUGGACACCCCGGAGAUGAGACGAGUGAGAGAGACCCAACGCCACAUCUCAACAGUGAAAUAUCAUGAAGACUUUGAGAAGCACAAGGGUUGCUUCACACCGGUGGUGACAGACCCUAUCACUGAACGAGUGAAGAAGAACACACAGGACUUCAGUGACAUUAACUACAGAGGGAUUCAGAGAAAAGUGGUGCAAAUGGAACAAAAACGGAAUGACCAGGACCAGGAGACUAUUACAGGUUUACGUGUCUGGCGUACUAAUCCUGGCUCAGUUUUUGACUAUGACCCAGCAGAAGACAACAUUCAAUCCCGAAGCUUACACAUGAUUAACGCCCAAGCUCAGCGCCGGAGCCGGGAACAGUCGCGAUCAGCCAGUGCUCUGAGCGUCAGUGGCGGCGAGGAGAAGUCUGAGCACUCAGAGGGGGCUGACCACCACCUGUCCACCUACAGCAAUGGCGGCAUCUUCUUCUCUGCAACCUCAACAGCUUACAAACAUGCAAAAACCACAGAACUCCCACAACAACGAUCAUCUUCAGUUGCCACCCAACAGACAACAGUAUCUUCUAUCCCAUCUCACCCAUCUACUGCUGGAAAAAUCUUCCGCGCCAUGUACGACUACAUGGCUGCUGAUGCUGAUGAGGUGUCCUUCAAGGAUGGAGAUGCUAUAGUAAAUGUUCAAGCUAUAGAUGAAGGUUGGAUGUAUGGCACUGUGCAGAGGACCGGCAGGACCGGCAUGCUCCCAGCCAACUAUGUUGAAGCUAUUUAGGCAUUUCAAAGCAUCAUGCCUGCCUACAGGACCUACAAAUCCUGCAGUCAGGAUUUCAGACUCUCCACUAUUGCCAAGUUCUCAAGCCACCCAAUGAUUUUUCUGUGUCCAUAUGAUUUAUGGUUGUACCAUCUUUCAAUUUGUUCAUAUAUGAACCUAAACAAUUCUCCAGUAAAAAAGUUAGCAUGACUAAUCUGUCCAGUUAUUACUGGUUUACUUCCUCAUUAUCUUCUGGACUUGCACAUAAGACAAAGGACAACACGAAAUCCGUAUGUUCAUCAUUUUUUAAAUUGCCACUAUCAAACUUUCUUUUGGGUUUUAAAAUCAAGUUUAAUUUCAGAAUAGACAUUUUAAAAGUUUCUGCAAUGUUAUAUUAUUGCUGUAUCAACCCAUUUCUCCAUUAUGAAAAUGUUUAACAUUAUUUUUUUUCUAAAACGUGAACAUAUAAACGUUAAAGGGAAAAUAGCAGAGAUGUCCACCUUUUCUGUGCUUACUGAAUGCUGAUGCUUUUAUUUCUAAUCCAGUUCUGAAGUUAUAAGCUGUUAGUCAAUAUAAACUGGUAUAAGCUAGCAACUAAUAAAAUAUAUAAUUCUGCAAUAAAUGCCACUGAUGGAA